AUCUCUCCCUUCCCCCCUCCAGCUCCUCCUCCACCCACCUGAAAGCGACGCCGGCGCACAGAGCACACCGAACUCCCCUCCUCGCCUCGUCCUCUCGCCACCCGGCUUCCCCAGCGACAGCGACGGCCGGUCGCUUCAAAUGACCUAAGCACCCCCGCGCUCGCGCCCCCCUUUUUCCUCCCCUUCCCCCGUCCCAUCCCUCUCCGUCCUUAUGACCUCUUCGUCCCCCGCCCCAAACCCUAACCCCGUCCCCACACCGCCCCCAAACCCCGCAGCCAACGCCGCUCCCGCGAGCGGAAACGCGGUCGCAGCGUCGUCGCCGCCGCACAAGGAGCAGCAGCAGCAGAGCCAGGACGGGGUCGUCGCUGGUGGCGGAGCGGGGGUGGAUGGUGGGGCCGGGGGCGGUGGCGAGGCGGUGGAGGCGGGUGUAGCGGGCGACGCGAUGGAGGUUGACGGCGGAGCUGGUGGAGGCGGAGGCGGAGCUGGGGAUGUGGAGGGCGGAGGUGGCAGUGGAGCGGCCGGAGGAGCGCAGCUGGCCUCGUCACCGGCGACCGUGUUCCGGAUCCGCCUCAAGCAGCCCCCUGCAAGCCUCAAGUACAAGAUGCGCGUGCCCGAGCUGUGCAGGAACUUCAGCGCUGUUGCUUGGUGUGGGAAACUGAACGCAAUUGCAUGUGCAUCAGAGACUUGUGCGCGGAUUCCAAGCUCUAAUUCAAGUCCACCAUUUUGGAUUCCUAUACACAUUCUGAAUCCAGAGAGACCAACAGAAUGUUCUGUUUUCAAUGUUAGAGCAGAUUCUCCACGAGACUUUGUUCAGUUCAUUGAAUGGUCUCCUACGUCAUGCCCACGUUCAUUAUUAGUGGCAAAUUUUCAUGGGAGGAUUACUAUAUGGACACAACCAACUAAGGGUCCUGUUAAUCUUGUACGUGACUCCAGCUCCUGGCAGUGUGAACAUGAAUGGCGUCAAGAUCUCUCUGUGGUUACCAAAUGGCUAUCUGGAAUUUCUCCGUAUAGAUGGCUUCCUGCAAACUCCAGCACUUCGAACUUAAAAACCUUUGAGGAAAAAUUCCUUACGCAGCACCCUCAGAAUUCAGCAGGAUGGCCAAAUGUGCUAUGCGUUUGUUCUGUAUUUUCAUCAGGGUCUGUUCAGCUUCACUGGUCACAGUGGCCUCCUCAAAACUCAGCACAACCUAGAUGGUUCUCUACCAGCAAAGGGCUUCUUGGGGCAGGCCCCAGCGGCAUAAUGGCUGCUGAUGCCAUUAUUACCGAGUCUGGAGCUUUACAUGUUGCUGGUGUUCCCCUUGUUAAUCCAUCUACUGUAGUGGUUUGGGAGGUGAUGCCAGGUCUUGGUAAUGGCAUUCAGGCAACUGCGAAGAUAAAUGCAACAAGCCCUCUUCCUCCAUCUCUGAACCCCCCUUCCUGGUCUGGUUUUGCUCCAUUAGCAGCUUAUCUCUUUUCUUUGCAAGACUACCUUGUGUCUGAGGCUGCACAAACAAGAAAACAGAUAGAUAAUGAGAUCACUGAAGCCGCAUCGAUCCAUUGUUGUCCGGUUUCCAAUUUUUCAGCUUAUGUCAGUCCUGAAGCUGCUGCCCAGUCAGCAACUACUACAACAUGGGGAUCUGGGGUUACUUCAGUUGCUUUUGAUCCCACUCGAGGAGGAGUAAUUACAGUUGUAAUAGUUGAAGGGCAGUAUAUGUCUCCUUAUGACCCUGAUGAAGGACCUUCCAUCACUGGCUGGAGAGUCCAAUGCUGGGAAUCUUCGCUUCAACCUGUUGUUCUUCACCCAAUAUUUGGAAGCCCCUCUAGCUUUGGUGGGCAGCCUCCAAUGCAAACUGUUUGGUCCACUAGAGUUAACAAGAGCAUUGCACCAACAGAGGACCUUAAAAACCCUCAAGCGUAUGUUCCAAUGCCAACAACUUCAGAUGAACGGAGCUCUUCUGAGUGCAGUGUUGACAGGGCAAACAGACUUAGUUUUGACCCUUAUGAUCUUCCAAAUGAUGUAAGACAGCUGGCUCAAAUAGUUUAUUCUGCACAUGGUGGUGAAGUUGCUGUUGCCUUCCUGCGCGGAGGGGUGCACAUUUUCUCGGGCCCAAAUUUUGAUCAGGUUGACAGCUAUCAUGUCAACGUUGGCUCAUCAAUUGCUCCACCAGCCUUCUCCUCUAGCAGUUGUUGCUUGGCAUCAGUAUGGCAUGACACACUCAAAGAUCGAACCAUACUAAAGAUAAUACGAGUGCUUCCUCCUGCAAUUCUUAAUGUUCAGACAAAGGUCAGCUCAGCUGUUUGGGAACGGGCAAUAGCAGAUAGAUUUUGGUGGAGCUUGAUGGCUGGUGUGGAUUGGUGGGAUGCUGUCGGUUGCACACAGAGUGCUGCUGAAGAUGGUAUUGUCUCACUUAACAGUGUGAUAGCUCUGCUGGAUACGGACUUCCAUUGUCUUCCAACAAUGCAACAGAGGCAGCAACACUGUCCUAACCUUGAUAGGAUAAAGUGUAGGUUGUUGGAAGGAACUAAUGCUCAAGACGUAAGAGCACUUGUGUUGGACAUGCAAGCAAGAUUGCUUCUGGAUAUGCUAGGCAAGGGAAUAGAGUCUGCGCUGAUAAAUCCAUCAACCCUGCUACCUGAACCCUGGCAAGCUUCUAGUGAAUUGUUGUCUAACAUUGAGCCUGACAAAAUGACGGUUGACCCGGCUCUACUUCCAAGCAUCCAGGGUUAUGUUGACGCUGUUCUAGAUUUAGCAUCACAUUUCAUCACACGCUUGCGGCGUUAUGCAAGCUUCUGCCGGACUUUGGCUAGUCAUGCUGUAGGAGCAUCUUCUAGUUCAGGCAAUUCAAGGAAUAUGGUUACUAGUCCAACCAACAAUUCUCCGUCGCCGUCAAAUAAUCAAGGUAAUCAAGGUGGAGUAGCAUCUGCGACAGGGAGCUCACAAAUGCAGGAGUGGGUCCAAGGUGCCAUUGCUAAGAUUAGUAACAAUGCUGAUGGCGCUGCCAAUGCCGCACCAAAUCCAGUUAGUGGGAGGUCAUCAUUUAUUCCUAUAAGCAUCAACACAGGGACUUUUCCCGGGACACCUGCUGUCAGGCUUAUUGGAGACUGCCAUUUCCUUCAUAGAUUAUGCCAGUUGCUGCUAUUUUGUUUGCUUUUUCGGAGGAGGCAAUCACCAAGAUUACUCGCAAAUGCACAAAAAAAUUCUGAUUCUGCCAUGCAGAAAAUACAGCAAUUGAUGAACAGUAAGAUAGAGGACAGUAGUUCUGCUAUUUCUGCUGUAAGAUCUGGUCUAGGGGCUGCCAAAGUGGAAGAUGGUGCAGCUACACGUGGACAGUUGGUUCUUGGAGCAAAGGGUCUUGAAGAAAAUCCAAUGGGCAAAUCUGUUAGAAUUGGUUCUGGCAAUGCUGGCCAGGGCUACACGUCGGAUGAGGUGAAGGUUCUAUUUCUCAUAUUGGUUGACCUUUGUCGAAGGACAUCAGGCUUGCAACACCCAUUGCCUGUUUCUCAGGUUGGUACUAGCAACAUAAUUAUAAGGCUGCACUUCAUUGACGGCACUUACACUGUGCUCCCUGAGGUAGUGGAAGCAUCUCUUGGUCCCCAUAUGCAGAAUAUGCCGCGUCCACGGGGAGCUGAUGCUGCUGGUCUUUUACUUCGAGAAUUGGAACUGCAACCUCCUUCUGAAGAAUGGCAUAGGCGCAACAUGUUUGGAGGACCCUGGUCAGAACCAGAUGAUCUCGGUCCAUUGGAUAAUAUGCCACAUCUGAAAAUAGGUGGUCAUAUCAACCCUCACUUGUCUGACAUGGAAGAGGAGGGUAAAACUAACUUUGGGAUUCAAAGUCUUUGGCCAAGAAAGCGCCGGUUGUCUGAAAGAGAUGCAGCAUUUGGUCUGAAAACAUCUGUAGGUCUUGGAGCUUAUCUUGGCGUGAUGGGGUCUCGACGAGAUGUCAUCACAGCCGUGUGGAAAACAGGACUUGAUGGUGAAUGGUAUAAGUGCAUACGAUGUUUGCGGCAAACUUGUGCAUUUGCACAACCUGGUGCCCCAAACAUGGCAAAUGAACGGGAGGCGUGGUGGAUCAGCCGGUGGACCCAAGCAUGUCCAAUGUGUGGUGGGUCAUGGGUGAAAGUUGUGUGAUCGCUGUCUUCCGUGACUUCUCCAGUGACUGCUUCACCAUGCUGAUUCGUCUAUAGUAGUUGCCGCUUGGCCAAAUCUGAACGAGCAUUGUUGGAUCCCAUGUUGGAUAAUUUUGUACCCAACAAUUAGAUCAUUGGUCUCAUGCCCCAGCGCUGUGGUUUACCUCCAGAGAUCAAAAGCUUAAAGCAGAUACUGAGACUUGGCUCUAACGGCUAUGUAAAAGUAUAGUAAUAUUAGGGGAGAUGGCAAUGUUUGUAUUCUGCGUUUCUUAUGUGUAUAAAUGUAUCACAAUGUUCAAAGGAAGCUGUUAGAUACACAUAUUGCUAGUGCUGGAUGUAGCUAAAUUGCUAGGGGAGUUCGACUGUUUUGAUAAAAAAAAACUGCAAUCUUAUGUAAAUUUAUGUGAAUGUUAUGUUAUGUUAGAUGAGACGGAA